AUGUCAGAUACUAGAUGGGAAUCUCGGGUCGAAUCGGUUAAGCCUAUCCGUUUUCAAUUAUGCCAAGUACAUGACGCUUUAAUUGAAAUUAGUGAAUCAAUAAAGGAUCCUAAAAUAAAAAGUGAAAGCUCGUCAUUAGCAAACUAUGAAUUUUGUUAUGACUUUAUUUUAAGUGUUGUUAUUUNGGAAUCAAUAAAGGAUCCAAAAAUAAAAAGUGAAAGCUCGUCAUUAGCAAACUAUGAAUUUUGUUAUGACUUUAUUUUAAGUGUUGUUAUUUGGUACGAACUGUUAUCUGCUAUAAAUAAAGUUACCGUAAUAGAUCAAGCAAUCGUAUCAAUUAAUGAACGUUUUGAACAACUAUCUCAUCAUUCAGAAUAUUUUGGAUUUUUAUAUAAUAUUGAAAAUUUAAAAACAUUUGACAAAGAAACGUUAAGAAAACAUUGUAUGGAUUUAGAAAUUUUAUUAAAAGAUGGUGAAAAUAAUGAUAUAAAUGGUAUUGAACUUUUUGACGAAUUAAAAAUUUUUUGUAGAAUUUUGAACAAACAAAUGACUUCUAUAGAAUGUCUUAAUUUAAUAGAAACAACAUGUGGCUCAUUUCCAAACAUUUCUAUUGCAUUGAGAAUAUUAUUGACCCUUCCGAUAACCACAGCAAGCGCAGAGAGAAGUUUCUCCAAGUUAAAAAUCAUAAAAAAUUAUUUAAGGACAUCUAUGACACAAAAUCGUCUUUCUGAUCUAGCAAUUAUUUCAAUCGAACGUGAUCUGUGUGAAAAUUUAGAUUAUGACGAUAUUAUUGAAAAGUUUGCCGAAAUAAAAGCAAGAAAAAUUGAUUUUAUGUAA